AUGUCUGGAGAACAGUUUUCAUUAGUUUGGAAUAGUUUCCCAAGAAACUUAUCGUCUGGAUUGUAUACGUUACUGACUGAUGAACAGCUAGUUGAUGUAACAUUGGCUGCAGAAGGUCAAAUAUUACGUGCACAUAAGUUAAUAUUAUCAGUCUGUAGUACUUAUUUCAGAGAACUCUUUAAGGGAAAUUCUUGUAAACAUCCAAUUGUGAUACUAAAAGAUGUCAAUUACCGUGAUUUAUCAGCAAUGCUUCACUUUAUGUAUCAAGGUGAAGUUAACAUCAAACAAGAAGAUAUAGCAAGCUUUUUAAAAGUAGCAGAGACUUUGCAGAUAAAGGGUUUAACCACAGAAUCUGAAGAGAAGUUUGAGGACAGUCUUUCCAAAGAUGCGGAACAAUUAGAUCACUUGUUUGGAACAGAAAAAAAGAGUAUUAAUUCAAAUGUGUUAGAUUUAAAUGUAUCUGUUGUUGAGAAACUGAAACAAACAGUACAAAAGGAUCAACAAUCUGAGAAACAAGAUGUUUUGUCAAAGACAGAUCUACAUGAUAAAAAAUUGGCAGAAAAAAGAACAACUGCCAGUGAUGCAUGUUGUCAGCAAGGUUCUAAUACUGACUCAAUCUACAAUGUUCAAGACAUGCAUAUGCCACAGAAUAGUAACUGCAGAAGUGUAGAGAUACCAAGUAAUGAUGAGGAACCAUUGGAUUGCACAGCUGAUACUGGUUACACAGAACCACCUAAACAAGAACCAUUAGAUUACACACUAGAUAUUGAUUCAGAAACAGUGUACAGAACAUAUUCAAAUGAACCAUUUUAUAAACCUGAAGACAAUUUGCAGAGAAAAGAUUUUGUACCAGACAUGCAGUUAGUUCCUUAUGAUCAAAAUAUACAGACUCAACCAUAUGGUUUAAGCAACAUGACUGGUGUUCAAAGUGAGUUCACACACGAAUCCGGUUGUCACAGUAAAGGUCGACGAACAGUGAAAGGUAUUUCCAAUAAUACUUUACCAUUGGAGACAACGUUGCGUGUUGUAUCUGAGCUGGGACCAACGCUACGGGUAGAUAGGGGCAAAGUGAUUCGAAUGUAUUCGUGUCCAUGGUGUCUUCGUCAUUUCACCCGUAAGGAGAAUCUCAAACUUCAUGUCCGUUACAUUCACGGACCUCUUGAAAAUCUGACGUGUAAGCUUUGUGGUAAUAAAUAUAAGAACAGCAACAGUCUACGUGUACAUUCGUAUCUCUAUCAUAAUGCUAAACGGGACAAGCCUAACAGGCCACUUGAAGAUAGUGGCGUAUGA